CCUAGCACCAACGGCCUCUGCUGCUCACAUCCUGUCCGGUGAAGAUAUCGGGCGGCUGCAGAACCAAACCUAGUCUGAGGCUGCUAUAUUUCGUAAUUAAAUCAAUAAAACAUUGAUUGAAAUAACUCAGACCACCGUGAACGAUAAAUAGAGAGCACAAUGAUCCGCUUUAUCCUCAUCCAGAACCGAGCAGGGAAGACCCGGCUGGCCAAGUGGUACAUGCAGUUUGAUGAUGAUGAGAAGCAGAAGCUGAUUGAAGAAGUGCAUGCCGUAGUGACAGUCCGUGAUGCCAAACACACCAACUUUGUAGAGUUCAGAAACUUCAAGAUCAUUUACAGGCGAUACGCUGGCCUGUACUUCUGCAUCUGUGUGGAUGUGACGGACAAUAACCUGGCUUACCUGGAAGCCAUUCACAACUUUGUUGAGGUUUUGAAUGAGUAUUUCCACAAUGUGUGUGAAUUAGACCUGGUCUUCAAUUUCUACAAAGUGUACACAGUGGUGGACGAGAUGUUUCUGGCAGGAGAGAUCAGAGAGACCAGCCAGACGAAGGUGCUCAAGCAGCUCCUCAUGCUGCAGUCUUUGGAAUAACGAGCCUGUCAAUCAAUCAGCCACCUAUGCUGCAGGCUCCACCCAUCUCCACAGGCUCCGCCCACCCUGCUGCAGCCAAGCCAUAUUAUUCGCGUGAAUGGAAGUCUUGCUGUAAUACAUCCACCAACAUUUCACCCUUUCUUUAAACUCCAUGUCCACGUUGAAGGAUGUUGUUAUUCUGUUCAAAUUGCUAUGUUUAUUAAACCUCCCCGGUUAUUGACCUAUUUAUUCAUUGGCAUAGCCAGAAUUGAAUACUUCAGCGAUUUUAUAGUACAUUAGACUUCAAUGUCUCGGAAUAGCAACCUUUCCAAGUCCGUUCAUUAACACUAACACAGAUAAUAGCAUCACUUUGGCCAAAAUCCGCCGUGGCUCAGAAGUUUCGGUCCUGUAAAUUCAAAAUCCAUGGGCGGCACUACUGUG